AUGGGGUCACUACCUCAACCUCUCAAUCCCUCCAUUUCUGCAGCGUCAUCCUCAACACCUCCCAGUCUCAGUGCCUCCGUAAAUCCCAGCAACCUUAUUGAUGCCAGCCAGACAACCCCUUCUCCAACGAAGCUCUCGUCUUCAAAUAUGAACAACGACCUCUCAACCCAAAAUGGCAGGGCAAAGAGAAACAAACGUGAUAGUCGCAAGAAACGCGAAGCAAAAGGCACUUUAGAAGGGGCGAAUGAUGCUCCCCGUGAAAAGAAAUCCACCACUUCGUCCUCCAGCUCCGCUAUUCCUGCCUCUGAGCUUACUAUGCUCAUGCCCAUUCAACUUGCAGACCCGCGGCCAUCAGAUGUUCUGUCUCCGAAGCCACGCCAGAUGAAUUUCGCUUACGAAAAGUACUCUGAAGUACUAGGCCAGUCAUGGAAGUUUUACGAGAUUGCUGAUAAAAACGGCUUCCGCUACACCUACGCGGCCAUGGACCCUUCUUUCCCACACAUAAAAUACCGCCAAACCGACGUCCCCCCUUAUUACUCCCGCUUCAGCUUCGAAGAUUCCCCCGCAGCUAUCUGCUUCACCGAAGACGGCUUAGCAGUCACCACAAAUGAACCUUGGCACUCCGCGCGAGCUAAUGUCUGCGCCCGCGAAGGCUCUUAUUACUAUGAAGCACGUGUGAUCAGUGGGAUCGUAAAAGGAUCACAGCACACUCCGAGUGGCUCGCCGCGGGGUAACGUCCGCUUGGGUUUCGCGCGCCGAGAGGCUGAUCUAGAUGUUAACGUUGGCGUAGACUGUUACGGCUAUGGUAUCCGUGACGUGAACGGGGAAGUUGUUAACCGGAUGCGGUGUGAAUACUUUUUCCCGAAAGAGGAAGCUAUAAACGAAGGUGAUGUGAUUGGAAUGCUCAUCACACUGCCGCCGCUGUGGCAACACAGAAAGAUUGUAGAAGGUACCUACGAUUCGUCUAUUGAUGGCGAUGGCAGUACUCCAACCACUGCAACAUCUGCCACCACAGCUCCUCUCCCGCCAGCAUCCAACUUAAUCCGAGAUCGCAUCCCCUUCCAUCUCAAAACCGACUUCCUCUAUCAACAAUCACACAUCUUUCCUUCCAAACACCUGCGCGAUUACGCCUUCAACCUCAAGGAAACACCCACGUACGGCGUCCCCUCCCCGACGAAUACCGAAGACCCUUCUCUUCGAACCUUGCCAGGGUCGAGUAUCACAAUUUUCAAGAACGGAGCCAAAAUGGGUACCCCAUUUCGCGAUUUGUAUGCAUUCCUCCCACCCGCCUCGCGUGCGACGCAGGCGAGUAAUAACCUCGGUGUCGGCACAAGGGAGAACGCGGAUGAUGGGAUGAUUGGAUAUUUCCCUAUUGUCAGUUGCCAUGGAGGCGGGGCAGUGGAGGCACGGUUUGAAGGGCCAUGGUGGGUCGGGCCUCCAUCCGUAAAUGAAGUGGAUGGCAUUGGCCAUGGACAGGCUAUAAAGGGCUUUGGGGAAAGGUACGGCGAGCAGGUUGUUGAGGAUGUUCUUGCCGACAUUGUCGAUGAGAUUGAGGCGACGUUUAUGGGAUGGGGUGGUGAUGGGACUGCUGUGACGGCACCGACAGCGGCUGCUGCGGCAACGACUGUGGAUAUGGCUGCGAAUGCUUCUGAUGGUGCUAGUGUUGCUGCCGCCGCAGGUGUGUUUACGGAUGAUGGUGGGAGUGUGAGCGUGAGUAUUGGGACGCCGCAACAGGGGUCUGUUGCGGGGGAGACUGUGAUGUCAGAAGAUGUAGAGAUGGGCAUGUAG